GGUUUAAUCGUAUCAUCAAGUUACUUCUAGUAUAAUCGGAUAGUAAAUUUCAUUGAGAUUUUUAGUACUUGUCAUUAUUGGAAAUAUUUAUUUGAUACAAAUAAAUUAAAAUAAUUGCAUAAUUAAAAUUAAUUCGACUAAUUUAUAGUGAAUAGUUUUAUUUUAUUUAACGAAAUUUACGUACACGUUGUCGCGUUAAGUCAACUUUACCAAGCAAUGUGAUCGAUCAACGGUCAGGGUGAACAAAAUAUCUGUGAAGAUAAAUUGUACAAAUAAUUAAAAAGUAGAGAGGUUAAUAAUAGUGAUGUUCGACGUAAAUCUAAAUAUUAUUUCUUUUACGUGAUUAAUUAGUAGUGUAAAUCAUAGCAAUUUAGGAAACGUUAGUGAAAUGUGAUUUCAAUAUUGUUAAUAAAUUAUUAUUAAAAAGAAAACUAAUUACCGGUUAAAGCAUUUAAGUUUUUUUUCUUUUCUUGUUCAAUACAAUAUAAAAAUAUAGAAUAUAAAAUACCGAAGGAAAAUAAUUAACUAGAAGUUUUUUGACGGUGGUGAUAACAUGAAUUACUACCUUCGUAUGUACCAAUUGAUGCUUGCAAAAAGUAUGCAGGAUAAGAAAGACUUGGAUAAGUUUAUCAAAUUUCUGGCGUUAAAGGCUGCUCAAAUCAUCGUACAAUCUAGGUCUGGAGAAAAAGUGUGUACAAAAUGUAAACCAAAUUCAAAGGGAACCGAUUGGUUCAAUUUAGCAGUUCAAGAUUUACCGGAUGCCUUAGCAGAUGCUAAGAGAGCACUAAACAGUGAUAUAGCGAGUUCUACGAUACCACUCUGUAUAGAAAUAUCUUUAAGAACUGUAGAAGGUGAUACAAUGGUUUUGGAAACAUGGUGUUUGGGUGUUCUACCAGAACACAGUGAUCCUACAGUAAGAGUGACAUAUACAGUCUACAACAGGAUGGGUAUUUUACUUAAAUCAUUACUCUCUGUCUCGAGGGUUACUCCAGCUUAUAAAUUAAGUCGCAGACAAGGACCAGAUUCUUAUGUUAUUUGUUACAAUAUUUAUAUGGGGGAACCUCAACUACAUACUUUAGGUGACAACUACAAGCAUGUACGAGUAGGACAACUCUGUACUCCUGUUGGUACCAUUCAUUUAUCAGUAUUGUACAGGACUAAAAUGACAAUUUCUCCAACCCAUACAGGACGAGAUUCGAUUAUGCUCAAGAGUGAUCAUUUUCAUUCAGAUUUAAGUCCACGUCAUGCCCGUUAUCAGCAAAACGAAGAAAAGUCUAAAUCUUUGAGCGAUACUUUAAAAAUGGGAGCAUUUGCCGCUAGUAAUCCACCUUUGGUUAAAGAAGGAGAUUUAGUAAUACCAGAUGUACCAUUUAGUUCUUUGCUAACUCCUCGACAAACAUCACCACCACCUGGUCCUCUUGCUGAUACUAUGAAUACGAAAAAUGUAACAACAAGUGUUCCAACAGAUGGUAAUAAUGGUAACAAUGAAAAAUUGUCAAACGAUAAUGCUACAUCGAAACCUAAUUCUCAGAAUGAAUCUAGAAGAAGUAGUGCACAUGAUGAUUUUAUUAUGGUAGAUUUGAAAACACCUUUUGCUAUUACUAAUACCAAAAGCGAUUUGGGAGCCUUUUAUCGAGCAUGUCAAAGUGCACCUCAACUUCAAGCAUUUAUGGAGGAAAGAACAUUGGCGGAACAAGUCGGAGAUCUUACUAAACAAUUGGAAACAUUUGAAACAAAUAUGCAACAUUACGAAGAUAUUUUAUCUUCGUUAUGUCAAACAGAAAACAAUAACUAACUAACAGAUAUUCAAUGUAUUUCGAUACGUAAGAAUAUAAUUUAUCACACUAUGCAUUGAUAUUUAUUAACAUUGUUCUCAUCAAGUAGUAUACAUCAUUAUUAUUAUUAUUAGCAAUGAAUACCAAUUUGCUUGGUGCUCGCGUUCAAUAAUUAUUACUCGUCGAUAAAAACUAGUAUUUGCUUCAAAAAUAUGCUGCUUCUAUUAUAUUUUUUCUUUUCAUCAAAUUGUGUAGACUUGAUACUACAAGUAAUCUUUUAUAAUACAAAUUUUGAUAAAAUUUCAGUUAAAGCACCAUAAAUAUUGUAACUUAAAGCAUUCUAAAGUAUAUGCUACUGUUAAAUGUUCUCUUGAUUCUCAUAAACAUUUAAAAAAUAAUGUUGGAUAUUAAGCCUUGUUAGCUUAAUGUAAGUAAGCAUAAUGUAUGCAUGUGUGUGUAUGUGGGUAUGCUUGACACGCAUAUAUUUAUAUAUUUACAUAUAUAAAUAUACAUCAUACGUUAACCCUCUAUUAAGCCAUGUUAUUUUACAGAUAUACGCUUAUAUAUUUUAAUUUUAUAUUCUAUAUUACUUUAUCGUUAACAAAAUUUAUUGUUACUUAGUAUUCAAAGUUUUUAAUAUUCUUUGAGUAUAUCUGUUCUUCGCGAUUUAAACAGUAUAACUUAAAAUAAUAUUUAAAAAAGAAAACUAUGCAUAUAUACAAAUAUCUAAUACAUUUGCAAGGAAAGUAAAAAUGUAAAUUUGUUAUUGCUUACAAAUGGCCAUAUCUAUUUUUAAUAGAUGGUCAUUUAUCCUAGUAAUUAUAUAACCGUUAAUUAUUCUUCAAUAUAAUUGUGACUUUUAUAAUAUAAAUAAUUCUAAAUCUUUCGAUACAGCUAUGUCAUUAGCGAGUAUGCUUUCAUUGUAUAGGCUAGUAUCAACAUGAAUUUACAUUUUAUCACAUAGCGGUUGAAAGAUGGGAUAUUAGAAUCUAAUGCAUUUUAAAAUAUGAAGUUACUUACUGGUAAUAUACCAUAAACAUCGAAUGUUAGGUGACUAUAGUUACCAGAAGUAUCGAAAGAGUUAAUGUAAAAUAGAUUAAAAACUAAAAAAAAUUAAUUUUUUCUAAUUUUGUUGACUUAGUUUGAGAUCAUUAUCAUUAGCACAUCUAUUAGAAAGUUUUUCUAAUGUUAUUGGUAAUUAAGUGGUUUCAAACAAACUGUUUACGCAGAUCCAAAUCGAGUAGUUUAAUCGAGUUAAACUUUUAUGAUAUGCUCAACGUAAGUUAAUCAAAAAAGAACAAAAAAAUAUACAAUCAAAUAAGAAUUUGAGAUUUGUAAUAUGCGAUGAACUCGAUAAAACAAUUGAAAAUCAUUUUUACGCAUAUGGAAAAAAAUGCAUUUUCUAACUAUGUAUAAAGUGUACUGUAUGAAUCGAAAGAUGAAUUUAUAUAUAUUUAAGUUUUAUAUUUAAUACGAUAUUAUUAUACUCUUAGUUAUAAUAAUAACUUUUAUAUAUGUAUUAUAUAUUUAAUAUUAUUUUCUAAACAUGUGACAAAAUAUUUGGUUGCAGAGGGUUAACUGCCGCUAUCAUCAUAUAUAUAUAUAUAUAUAUAUAUAUGUAUGUGUUCAUAAUUAUAAAAGUGGUCUAAGUCAAAAUUAAAAAAAAAUGAGUUUUUUAAUUAUUUCACACCACAUUAUUUUAAACUAAAUUAAUUUAAUGUAAUUUUCACGAUAUUGUCAAAAAUGAACCGUUAGAUAGUGUUUGUUAUUACAAUAUUAUAUAAAAUUCAUUUAGUGUUCAAAUGUAAUCUUUUAAGUAUCUUGAAACAAGAGAUAUAUAACUUAGACCAUUUUUAUUAUUAUGGACACAUAUAUGAGCAAAUGGGAAUAUUAUUAUAGUUUAUCAUUAAUAAUUGUUAAUUAGUAUAAUUGAAAAAAUUGACGUUACUAUUGUUUAUCAUUAAUAAUUGUUAAUUAAUAUAAUUGAAAGAUUAGCAAUUAUUUAUUGUCUGUAUAUAUUGUAAAUUAUUAUUUAGUACGAUUAUAACUUUUAUUAAAUAAAAAAGUUA